AUGGGGGAUGUGUUUCGCUAUGCUCCAAUCAAAGUCGUUGUUCUUCGUCAUGCUCAUGAAGAUUUUCUCAAUUCUAUUUCCUUGGCUACGACUCUCUCUUUACUUACUUGCAAACCCCCAUUGUCAUGGAACCAACUUAGUUUUGUUCCGAGAUGCUUGUCGUCCCAUCUGCGCUUCUUUGUUUGGGAUGACUAUAGAGGAAGUGAAGAAGAGAAACAGCUCAUGAGAUACAUUCUUGCAAACUCAAAGGGUUUAAAGGAAGUGAGAAUCACCUUGAUGUCAUCAAGCUUCAAUCUUGAGGAGAAAGAGGUGAUGUUAAAGGAGUUAAAAUCUAUGUCUAAAGCGAGUUUCAACAUUGACUCAGCUUCUGUUUAA